AUGCUUCUAGAUACUGAAGCUUUGGCUCCUUGCAACCACGACGAUGCCGACAGCCGCAUGAUUUUGCAUGCCCCCCCACGCUGCUCAAAUGGCCACAAGAAGAUCCUCAUCCACGCAGUUGACACUGAUGUUGUUGUCCUGGCAGUGGCUUCUGCACGCACCCUGGAGGAGAAAGCCGAAGUGUGGGUGUUCUUUGGAAUUGGCAAGGUUUUCCUGUUCUCGGCAGCCCAUCAGAUAGCGCGAGAUCUGGGCCUGGAGAAAGCACAAGCACUAUCGAUGUUUCAUGAUUUGACGGGCUGUAACACCAUCUCCUGCUUCGCCAGAUAUGGCAAGAGACCAGCAUGCGCAGUGUGGAAAACUCUACCUCAGUUGACCCAGACACUCAGUAACUUCUCCACUGCAUCGGAUCCUAUUGAUGAAGAUGCCAUGCGUACCAUUGAGAGGUUCGUCAUCCUUCUUUACGACAGAACCGCAACCGAUAUCGACAAGGCACGCCGGAAACUGUUUUCAAAGAACAGCAAUGUCCAACUGAUCCCAUCGACAAACGCCGCCCUAAGACGAAAGCAUCUAUCUAUCUAUCUUAACAGUCCUGUCAUAUCUAUCUAUCUAUCUAUCUAUCUAUCUAUCUAUCUAUCUAUCUAUUAUAGCUUAACUGUCCUGUCAUAUCUAUCUAUCUAUCUAUCUAUCUAUCUAUCUAUCUUAACUUGCUAUUUAUUCAUUCCCGUAUCUAUCUAUCUAUCUAUCUCGUCACCGUUGAUACAUCUCUCACUCUCUCUCUCUAAGUCACUAAUAUGUCACUCUCUAUCUAUCUUACCCUGUAAUAUCGCUGACUCUCUUUCUCUGUCUAUUCAAAACUUGUCUGAAAAAUAUAUAACGUCAUGGAAAUAA